AUGACGGGCGGGGGCGGGGGCGGGGGCGGCCUGAGCCUGGACGCCAACGUGCUGAAGCGCAUGCUCAAGCCCAUGCCCUCGGCCGAGAGCCCCGUCACCUCGCCCGAGAUGACGCGGCGGCGCUACAACUACUACAACAACCACCACCACCACCACCAUCACCACCACCACGGAGCCAACAACAACGGCCGCCACGUGCUCAGCGAGCCCGAGUUCUCGGGGUCGCGGUCGUCGCACGAGAUCGGGCGCGGCGGGGGCGGCUUCGGCCCGCGUGGCCUCUACCUGGAGCUGGAGCGCGAGGGCGGCGGCGGGGGCGGCGGGGACCUCUCGCCGCCCUCCGCAACGUUGCUCUUCGACCAACCCAGUGCUACGCCACCACGCCGCUCCAGCAGCAACGGCAACUCGGACCGGGACCAGCCGCGGCGCCCUUACGCGCACUACGCACGCCCCCCGCACCCGCACCCGCACUCCCUGGCCCGGGGGCGCGCGGCGCCGGCUCGCCCGCCCCGGCUCCCCCACCUCUCCGCCUGCUGCUCGAGUACGAGAUGCAACCUGCGCAACACGCUGGGCCAAGGGCAUGACGCCGAGAGCUACAGCCUAUCACACCUUCGAGGCCCUGCUCACGCAGAGCCAUGGAGAACCUGGUUCGCCGAGAGCCUCCCAGGCUCCACGCAGCGCAGCCCCUACCCCACGCGCAGACGGCCGGGUUCCAGCGCCAGCAUGAACAAGUCGUCGACGCUGCCGCUGCCGCACCGGGGCCAGGCCGACCGGCCCGCCAGCAGCGCGGCGCGCGACCGCGAGGGCUACUACAGCGACCGCAACGAGCUCCUGCGCGAGCGCGAACGAGAGCGCGAGCGCGAGAGAGGCUACCUCAGCGACCAUAACUCCAGGUGCGCGUCGUGCCUGGGCGAGAGCGCGCGCGCGCAGUGGUUCCGCCACUCGGACGGGUGGCGCUCAGGCAGCUCCACCUUCGGCUCGGGGUCGGGGGCGGCGCUGCUGCCGGGCGGCGGCGGCGGCGGCAGCGGCGGCGGCGGCGGCCACAAGCGCUCGCCCUGGGACUCGCUGCCGUCGCUGCGGCACGAGGGCUCCCUCGGCGACAGCGGCUACAAGUCCAACCGCGCCGACUCCUUCGAGCAGAGGUGA